AUGAAGUUCUCUCACAGUCUCCAAUUCAACAGCGUCCCCGACUGGGCGGACAAGUAUUUGGCCUAUUCUAACCUCAAAAAAGCCAUCUACCAGCUCGAACAGUCUCAGCCCGUCGAUGGAUCUACCGAGAAUGACGUUGCGGGGACAGAAGAAUCGCAAGCGCUCCUCAGCUCCGGUGUGGCUGCAGAAGCGGAUCGCGUCUUUUUGCCGCUCCUCGACAAGGAGCUCAAAAAGAUCGUCGCAUUCUACGCUCACAAGGAAGCCGAGCUGAACAGCGCCGUAGAACAGCUCAGAGUGGAUCUCGAAAGGCGCGAAAACGAAGACGUGUGGGGUGAAGAUGAAGAGUACAGCGAAGGAGAGGAGGAUGAUGACGACGAAGACUACAAUCAGGACACUGCUACUACGGUGCGACAGAGCAGACGACCCAGCAUCGAGGGCGUCUUUAGCGACCCGCGCAAGUACAAUCAGGCUUCGAGGGAAGAGCGCGAUCUGCGAGGGUACACUGGGCCCCGAAGGCCACGCCGAGUAUCGAGCUCAGGAGGCGCAGAGGAUGGGACCACGGCUGCUGGUGCAGCCUCCGCUUCGCGUCCUGCCAACUCGCGAAGGCGAAGUAGCUUGCUUGUAGACACCUCUGGUGCUGGUCCCACCGCCGCCGAAACAGCCGUGCCCGACGUCUUGGCAAUUGCUGAUGCUCGUCGGCAAGAGCGCAGCCCUACACGUCGAUGGAGCAAUUUGUUCCGCAGGAGGUCGCAGGUCGGCAGUGGAAAGCGCAGCAUCGGAUUGGUCAUUCCACCCAGCCCAAGCGGAAACUUCGAAAGCGCACGAGGAGACGAGGCCAGCAGCGUGGGAGAUGGCCGCAGUUUGAGCAUCUGGACCGCAGAAAACGACUGGGCGAUCGACUUGCGGAUCACGUUCAAGAAGCGAAUCACCGAUCUCUUUGUCGGUUGCUCCGAGCUCAAGCAAUUUGUCCAACUCAACGAAACUGGUAUCAAGAAGAUUUGCAAAAAGUGAGCGGGCGCGGGCGUGUAGGCGCUCGGCGCGAGGGUGACCAUUACUGAUUAUGACGCGCUUUCUAGAUACGACAAAGUCGUCAACAGCAAUCUCAAAUCUCGCUACAUGGGAGAAGUCGUCGCAGUGCGUGCGGUCGUGGUCAGUCCGUAGCCACCUUCUUCGCUGACUCGACACCGCUUUCACAGCAUCAAUAUCCCUUCGAGGAGGCGACUCGCCAAAAGCUAGACGAGCACAUUGCGCUUCUCACAACCUUCUAUGCCAAGGUGGUGACCACUGGCGACCUGGCCCUCGCUCUGAGCCAGCUCAAGACGCACCUCCGCGAGCAAGUCGUAUGGCAGCGCAACACUGUAUGGCGAGAAAUGAUCGGCAUAGAGAGGCGUGCUCAGGGCGCAACCCUGGAGAGGAGCGUGAUGGGAACGCAGAGCAACAAAGGAGGCGAAGAAGUCAAGCCUUUGCGCUUGUGGACGCCUUUGGGCUACACGCGCCUGCCAGGCUGGCUCGGUGUAUCGACGCUCCAGCUGAUUAUUGCCUUUACGAUGCUCACGCUGCUGUUGAAAGCACCGGGCUUGCGAUUCUUUGCACGAGUCGAAGAGCAAAACUGCCUCGCCAUGCUCAUCUUCUGCACCAUCCUGUGGGCAACCGAAGUCAUUCCGCUCUUUGUCACCUCACUCAUGGUCCCAUUUCUCGUCGUCACGCUACGUGUUGCACGUACCGACGACAUCGAGGAUCGUCGUAUGUCUGCAUCCGAGACGACGCACUGGAUCUUUUCGCAAAUGUUUGCGCCGAACAUGUGCCUGCUCAUCGGCGGCUUCACCCUUGCUGCCGCGCUUUCCAAGUACAACAUUGACAAAUUCCUCGCCCAAAAGGUGCUUCGAAUGGCCGGCACACGUCCGGCCUUUGUCCUUCUCGCCCACAUGGGGGUGGCGUGCUUUGCGUCCAUGUGGAUCUCCAACGUCGCAGCGCCCGUUUUGCUAUUCUCGCUCAUCCAGCCGAUCCUGCGCAAUUUGCCUGCAAACUCGAGCUUUGCGCCAGCGCUGAUCAUGGGCAUUGCCCUAGCUUCCAACAUUGGCGGUCAGACUUCACCAAUCGCUAGCCCACAGAAUCUCAUCGCCCUGCAGUACAUGGGCGAUGCGCCUGUCGGAUGGCUGCAAUGGUUCGCCAUCACGAUUCCCGUGUCGGGCCUCAGCCUCAUCAUCAUCUGGCUGGUUCUUCUCUGGAGCUAUGGCUCUGGGCACGGCACGAUCAUCAAGCGGCCAAACGAGAACAAGGACAGCUUUACGGGAAUUCAGUACUUCAUCUCUGCCGUCUCCAUCGCCACAAUCGCUCUGUGGUGCCUGGAGCGCAACUUUGAAUAUGUCUUGGGAGACAUGGGUGUCAUUGCAAUUGUCCCCAUGGUGCUGUUCUUCGGCACCGGCAUCCUCACCAAGGAGGACUUCAACAAUUUCCUAUGGACAAUCGUGUUUUUGGCCAUGGGCGGCAUCGCUCUCGGCAAGGCGGUGACGUCGAGCGGCUUGCUAGAGAGCCUAGACGCCCGUGAGUGUCCACCGUGGUCUAUCCAGUUCUUGAAUGCAGCUGACAGCCGAUUCACGCAUCGCAGUCGUCCAACGAUUGGUCACGGGCAUGCCGAUAUGGCAGGUGCUGUUCAGCCUCCUUGCCAUUGGCCUCGUGGUGGCCACCUUUAUCUCGCACACAAUCGCUGCUGUUCUCUUGGUCCCAAUCGCAGCCGAGGUGGGCGGCUCCCUUGCUCAACCGCACCCCCGCCUCUUGAUCAUGGCUACAACGCUGACUGCGUCCGCUGCCAUGGGAUUGGUGAGUCGUUCGCAUUGCUUCGAAUUUCUCGCCUAUGUCGCUUACACGCCCGUAAGCCACGCCUCACUACUUCUGACGUUCAGCCCGUCUCUGGUCAGUCUCGAAGCUCGCCGAUCGCUUCCCAUCGAGCAAAGCUGACCUCACUCGUGCACGCAUUCAGGCUUCCCAAACAUGGCCGCUUCUGCACAAGAGGAUCAGACCGGCAAGCGCUACGUCAGCGUCAAGGACUUUCUCCGUGUUGGUAUUCUGGCAUCCGUGCUCGCCACUGCAGUCGUCGGCACCGUCGGCUUUGGCGUCAUGUCGCUGCUUGGCCUGUGA